AUGGCUGACCCGUUCGAGGUCCGCAUGCGCUUCACCACGCAACUGCAGCAUCUAAGUGCAUCCUUUACCUCGUCACAGAAGGCAGCCAACUAUGUCUUGAAACACAGGGACAUGGGGGAGGACCUCCACUCAUGCAUAUUAGAGCAAUUGGAAAGGAGUAACAUGAAUACCCGGGCGAAUAUCAUGUACUUUAUCGAACAUCUGGCCGACAUGGCCACGAACGAGAACCAUCCCGAGUUUGUCCGUAUGAUCAAGCGUGAUAUCCUUCGAAUCGUCGAUGCCGUUGCCCCGGCUGACGGCUCCGGGGCUGCAAACGUGAAACAUGUACGUCGUGUUUUGAACGGUCUUCAAUCAAAGGAGAUACUUUCUCACGAAACGGUGUCUGAAAUACAACUACCCAUUUUCUAUUUCAACCCGGGAAAUUGUUCAUAUUUUUAUCUAGGCCAUCCCGCCGCCACGGAUAGCACAAAGGGCGGAUCGAACGCCACAAAAUCAAGGGUUACCGUUGACCGGAAGCAGAUCGAACAACGGGUAGAGGAAGAUAGGGAGAGAAAUAAGCGGCUGCGAGAGAACAUGUGGGCCGUACCUCCACACGACAUGAAGGAGUUUGAGAAGAUGUGGGAUGAGGUGAGCGAUGUCGGAGAGGACGAUUACCUCCAGGCCGCAGAGGAGGCUGAAGAGAGAAGAAGAACUGCUGAGGCUUCAGGUCUCUACAGCUAA